AUGGUUGUAUAUGAGCUUGUCUUACUUCUUCUGCCCAUUUCUCCGUGGAAGGGAAGCAUAAUACCCACUGACGAUGAAAACUCCUCGAGGAACACCUACAACCUUCAAGAAGCUAUCAAUGUUGCCGAUCACUAUGAGUACAGCAAUUCAACUACUUUUGCAAAUUAUAUGUUUUAUGAUGAUUGUACACCUAAUGGUUCGCACGCUAUGGAUUGCUCUUCCGUCUGCGAGAAGGACGCCUUUCGAGACAUCGAAACGUUGCACAACUGUGCAAGCGUCGCAUUUUUGGCUGACAAUCUGACCACGUCAGAUAGUGAUGAUGAGCCUAGUUAUAAACUCUCCAAUCCUGAUCAGGUACCAAUACUACCGGACGUUGAAAACUUUUCAGAUAUGCAUCUGGCAACCCCCGAUCGAAACGCCACCGCCAAUGCCACGGCAGCGAAAAUAUACUCCUGUCUUCGCUCGAAAUGCGACCAGAGCCCGAAUUGCAAAUCUGAGAUUGAGUCCGAUGAAGAAGGCAGUGACUGGCAGUCGCAUGCUACCCCGUGGUCGCAGAGGCUGUUUUCGUAUGGUCAAGAUCUAGUCUACUAUGUCUGUACCAAUCUAGGAGACGACAUCAAGCUUGACAAUGAUAUUGGGGGUAUUGGGGUAUACAUCUCUUACUGGGUCCAUGUUGGUCUUGCUCUCCUCCUCUUCGUGACGUCCUUAACCUUGAAAUACAUUGCGCCGUCUGUCAUUAAGUUAGUGUACAGCCGAUCGAAAGAUCGGACGAACAGGAUCGAAAGCGCUGAAUUGACCUUGGCUACAAAAUAUAUUCCUAGCAUUGUCGCAGCCGUAGUCGACUUUCACAAAACUCAAUGCAUCUUUAUGGCCGCGAUCAACGUGGCAGCUAUCAAGAUCGUGAAGCGAGGGGGCCUCGAACCCAAAAAUCUACAGCAAAUUUACCUCAACUAUGGAUUUCUUAAAUUGAUUGCUGUCGGUGGUUAUCUGCCAGUCACCUUCACCCUUUUCAAUCUACAUCUUGUGCAUGACAUUUACUGGUAUCCUACGUUCCUCGCUUUUGCAUCGAUAGUCGUUGCGACUGGCUCGUUGAGCGUGCUGGGUCAAUUUUCAAUCAACGAUCGAGAUAAGGCGGCUCUUGACGUUCUAUACAACAAAGAUGGCACACCUGACUGUGAUGGCAAGCAACCUUGGAUAUACUGCUUCACAUCUAUUGGCUCUGGCUUUUCUACCUCUGCAAAUGAUUAUACUAACAAGGGCAACAUAGAUACAAUGGUGUGGAUGCUGUACAAGUUCAGCGUAGUAGUUUUCGUCCUCAUCUUGUGUUACAAAACCUGCCGGUCACUAUGGCAUAAUGAGAACUCAAUGCGAGCUCUGCAGCGAUGCUGGGAAAAGUUGAGAAGCAUGCGAAAGAUGCCCGAGACGGUCCGACGUCAAUGGUCUUCGCUGCAAGAGCAACGUGAAACGCGGGCAAUGGAAGGCCAAGAGCCGCUCUCAAUGUUCAGCACGAGGCAGAACACUGGCGCUAUGAGCGUUCACCACGACAAUAUGAAAGACGUGACAAGUCCAUGGCCUUAUGUGCAAGCCUCGCUCCAGCAAAAAAGGUAUCAAAUCUUCACUGUUCAGCUCAUUAGACUUUUGACUUAUUGGACUUUCACGGGGCUCUACGGGUGGUUCUUUGGCUUGUUCAUGAAGAAUUUGAAAUGGUUUGCGGACAACCAUAUUUACAGCACAGUAUGGAACUUUGGCCAGGUAGUAGCCGUCGCUGUAUGGGUACCACCCAUUUGUGAGCUCAUCAAUAAUUUGCUAGACCCAGGCGGCCUCGAAGGUGCUUACGAGCACAAGACUCCGAAACCUUACUUCGUGACCAUGAAUUCUUCAACUCAGUCGAUAGCGGGAAAUCGACCAAAGAGAUCAGAAUGGGCAAAUGAUGACGUCAAUCAAGAGUCAACGUCCUAUUCAGGCGCUACCCCUUUACAGCCUUUGAAUCGCAGCGCACGACGAACGGAAACCUCUUCAAUAGAACAAAGGCCUGUGCACUUACAAGACUUGCCUCAGCCGAGAUUCUCGUAUGAGCGCGUCCCCUCCUUCGGACCAGAUGAGAGAUGA